AUUCAUCUUGUAAACUUGUGCGAACAAGCUGGAGCAACAUCUGGAAGUUAACUUUUCUGCUCUCUUCACAACUUCACUAGUUCUGGAUCAUUCGGAACUAUUCAGGUCGAAAGGCUCUUGUCUUUUAAAAUAUAAGCUUGUGCGCUGGUGACAUAUCAUGAAGAUAUCACUGGCGAAGAUCUUUAUAACGAUGUUAUUUUACAUCGAGACUACGUUCCCAGAAUCCAUCAAAAUUAUCAGGACUCUAAAAGGAAAAAAAUUGAAAAAUGGCGAAGAUUCGUUUCACAUACUUCAGUCAGUAUGCUACCAUGAAAAUACUGGAUGUAGCAGUUAUUGCAAUACAUCCUUUACCACAGAUGAAACAGACAAUCACAGUCGUUGCUUGUGCUCCUGUACCUGCUCCAAAAGAUGUUACUCUACAGUAACUUAUUUCGAGAACAAAUGGAGAUGCCUGAAAAAUGAAGAGGUGCGAAAACAACUCGGCUGUGAGAUAAAUGCGACCUUAUUUGAUGAUGAAACGGAAAAAAGCAAUUUACGUACGCUCGCCCCUGUGAGUAAUAAGAAGGCCGGGAAAACAAAGCUUAAAAAUCCUAACGGCUCAUGCACAAUAAACGUCAGUUCUUCCUGGUACAUUGAAUGUCUUGGUAAAAAGGUUCCUCUUGGACUACACACCAAUAGAACAACGGAAAUGUUUCUUCUUAAGCGGCGUAAAAACGGAGCUUACUUCAUUAAGGUGAGAGUUGGUUUAGUCUGUCGAUGGUCUGUACAUAUAUUAUGAUUUGCAGCUGGUACACUCUUUCCUUUUAGGAGAAU